AAAAUUUAUCAAUUUCUUCAAGUGACAUUGUUUUGUCACGAAACAAGAUGCCCAUCCAUUCAUCCUUCAUUCAAUCUAGGACCAAACGCAAGCAUUCUCAUUUGAUUGUGAGAAUUUCUCCAUUAAAGAUUAGAAGACCGUAUUUCUCUACUUUCUCUUCUGGAGCUUAUUACAAAAGGAAAACAAGCGAGAGGAGGAAGCAGAUUUCAGCGGCAGUGUAUCAGGGUCCUCGUUCUUCGAGCGGAGGAAGGCCUUAUUCACUUUCUCCAUGCUUUCUUUCUUGUGAAAUCUUCACAGAUCGUGCGAGAAGUGAGGAAAGAGGUGAAGAAGUGACCAUAAAGAUGCUAUUAUUGAUUUCUUGAGCUUCUUCAGUUUCAAAGAAGGAAUCAAUAAAUUUAUGAGGAAUAACUUCAAAAGAAUAUUCUAAGAAUUUUUCAAAUUUGGGAACCCAUAUGUGACAUCAACUUAAGAAUGACCACAGUUUCUCACAAGGGAAGUUCCACAGUGGCUUCCUACCCAAGGACACUUUCAUCGAUAAUGUUCUUAAUAUGUGGACUAGCAGCAUUCUUAGUGGUUGUCUCAUUGCUUUUGGUUUCACACCCAUUCGUUCGUGGGUACUUUUACGAGGUUAAUCAUUCAAAUAAAAUCGAUACUCAGAGUUCCUCUAGCUUGUUUUUUACAUCGGCAACAAAGGAGCAGAUAGAUAAUGAAGGUCAAAGGCCUGCUGAUUCUUUAAAUGUUACAAGAGGUGUAGAAAAUGAUUUAUUUUCUGGUUCCAUACCUGAUGCUGUGAAUGAUAACAAUUCAAUGGAUCCAGGUUGUGAUUUGUUCAAUGGAGAAUGGGUAUAUGAUUCAACUGGACCAUUAUACAGCAACAAUUCAUGUCCUGUCUUGACACAGAUGCAGAAUUGUAGAGGAAAUGGAAGGCCUGAUAAAGAUUAUGAAGAUUGGCGAUGGAAACCUGCUAAAUGCGACCUUCCUCGUUUUGACCCAAAAAUGUUUUUGGAAUUAAUGAGAGGGAAGACUUUGGCUUUUAUUGGCGACUCAGUAGCUCGUAAUCAAAUGGAAUCACUUCUGUGCAUCCUUUGGCAGGUUGAGGUUCCCAAAAACCGUGGGAACAAAAGAAUGCAGCGAUAUUAUUUCAAGUCAACAUCAACAAUGAUCGUCAGAAUAUGGUCAUCAUGGCUAGUUCACCAAACAACCCAUGAAUUUGAUUUUGCUCCAAAAGGUGUAACCAAGCUCCAUCUCGAUUUGCCAGAUGAGACCUUCAUGAAUUUCAUCUCCGGAUUUGACGUGGUUGUUCUGUCGUCUGGCCACUGGUUUGCAAAGCAGUCUGUCUAUAUACUGGAAAACAAGAUCGUAGGAGGACAGUUAUGGUGGCCAGAUAAAUCGCGUGUGAUGAAAGUUAACAACAUUGAAGCUUUCAAAAUAUCUACCGAAACAAUUCUAAAUGCUAUGGCUACUCAUCCGAAUUACACUGGUUUGACUAUUGUUCGUUCUUUUUCACCUGAUCAUUAUGAAGGUGGAGCUUGGAAUACUGGUGGAUCGUGCACUGGAAAAAGAAGGCCUGCCUUAGAUAAUGAGCUUGUGAAAAAUGAGUUUACGGACAUAAUGCACAAGAAGCAAGUAGACGGUUUUAACAAGGCAAUUAAGAAAGCUAAAGAUAAAUCUACAUUGAAGCUGAUGGAUAUUACAAAGAUCUUUGCAUAUCGACAUGACGGGCAUCCAGGCCCGUAUAGGAGCCAAGACCCUAAUAAGAUUACUAAACGUGGGCCUGAUGGGCAACCACCGCCUCAGGAUUGCUUACAUUGGUGCAUGCCUGGUCCAGUUGAUACAUGGAAUGAGAUGGUUUUUGAAAUCAUAAGGAGGAAAUUUUGAGGAUAAUUAAGUUUUUAUCUUCAUGUAAUUUAUAAUAGGCUUAUUUGCUUAAUUCAAUUAUUUAAGUAGAAGCUUAAAUAUAUUAGGAGUGAGUGGUCAUGGUUGUGAUGGAAUAAACCAUGAUUUAAGAUAUAUUGGAAGGUAUUUUAUAAUUGUUAAUAUUGGUUACUUAUUAUAUUUUUUAUUCUAACAGAAGAAGGAAGCUUGUGUCAAUGUUAGGUUAGGCAUUUCUGAAAUCCAAUGCCCUUGAUCAAUAAUAAGGCAUAGUGAUCUAAAGAUCUUAAUACCCACUUCUGUAUUCAGAUGCUAUUGAUAUGGGCUGAAUCCUCCCAGCAUCCUCAUACUUUCCAUGGAUGCUUCCUAGCAGCUUAUGAAUCUGUAUUUGGAUGAUAUUAACAUGGGCUGAAUCCUCCCGGCAUCCUCAUGCUAAGGUUUUCCAUGGAUGCUUCCUAGCAGCUUAAGAAUCUGUACUUAGAUGCUAUUGACAUGGGCUGAAUCCUCUCAGCAUCCUCAUGCACAAGUUUUCCAUGGAUGCUUCCUAGCAGCUUAAGAAUCUGUAUUCGGAUGCUAUUGGCCCGGGCUGAAUCCUCAGCAUCGGAUAAUAUUGACAUGGGCUGAAUCCUCCCAGCAUCCUCAUGCUCAGGUUUUCCAUGGAUGCUUCCUAGCAGCUUAAGAAUCUGUACUCAGAUGCUAUUGACUUGGGCUGAAUCCUCUCAGCAUCCUCAUGCACAAGCUUUCCAUGGAUGCUUCCUAGCAGCUUAAGAAUCUGUAUUCGGAUGCUAUUGACAUGGGCUGAAUCCUCUCAGCAUCCUCAUGUUCAUGUUUUCCAUGUUGUUCCUCAUCUAUUAACCUUACACUUUUGGCAAUUGGCUCUAAAUGGAACGAAAUAUCUGAUAACUUUUUGAGUUUCUCUUUCACUAAGUUUACUACUCCUACCCAUUAGAGAACAUACCAUUCUUUUUUUUCUUCUUUUUUCUAAAUAGUUAUGAAUAUUCGAAUUUAUGACAUUGUGGAAUGAUCCUUGCACUCUUUCAUUGAACUAUGCAAGUCUUCUUAUUUGUUAGUAUUGUUUGUUGCUUAGGUAUAGACUUCGCUGUGAGGGAUGAGUGAUUUAUGAUGAUUGCAGUGAUUUUUGUGUUAACAAUGUUAUAAAAUACGUUGG